AUUGUUUCUUGUCGUUGAGCACAGACGACGCCGCAUGGAACUGCGUGUUCAAGUCAAAUCAAGUCAAGUCGCCCCUACCAUUCCAUUGUAGUCUGAGUGAGAUCCCAGACUCGACUCCAGCAGAGUAACCUCCGUAACCCUUUCGGUCUUCACGUCGACACCUGAAGCAAUCCAACCAACCAUUGAUUAAUCUCUUUCUGGAAGCUUCGCUUUGCCUUCCAUAAUAGUAAGAACAAUUGGAAAGAUGAGCGACACCAUGGUGGCAUCUCGUAUUCGAUCGACAGACAAUGGCGGCCGCGAAGGCCAUUUGAUGUCUCUGUUGCCCUUGUCUCGUCGCAAUAGCGAGACGGGAGAACGAGCUCUGCAAGAGUUUCGAGUGUAUGUCGAACUGAGUGCGUUUUUGGCCUUUCAACACAUUCAACAUCGCACAGGAUCCGUCCUACCCGAAUUGCCGCAACUCCUGGAGAGUUGCGACUUUUCGUGGACGUAUCGACAUCACGAUACGCAGUUUUCGCCCCUGCAAGCAGCCACCGAAGUCAUGUCCUACGAGUUGCCACGACAUUCGCGACAAGCCAAACCGUGGAGUCGACCCACCGCCAACAGUACUACUACUACUACGAUUAGUAAUGCUGCUGCUGCUACUACCAUUUCCACCGCUGCCAACAACAGCGACAGUAUUUGGCAUGACGUCAAUGACUACUGGAGUCUUCCCGUGGUACAAGAAGUGGUCACGGUGGCUACAGGAGAUUCCACAGAGCAAGACAACAAUCAUCAUCACAACAACAACGACUAUUGGUCUCUGCCUCAUGCGCAACUGCCAGAACCAACUGCAGCAGAGACACCCCGGACAUCCGUUCCCCGAGAAGCCGCCACCGUACCGCCGCGAACCGCCGUCCCACUGCGGACCAAAAUGCCGUGGGCGACGGCUCCUCCUCGUGGCAAUACGCGUUUACUAUCAGAACAAUCAGAACAACCACAACAAAAACCCUUUGCCAUUUUGGGUGCCGCUCGAUCCGUGACGAGUCAAGCCGUGGGAAUUCUCGGAAGUGCUUUUGAAUUGCCACAAAUCUCCAGUUCAUCGACGGCAUCGUCGUUGGAUGCCUUGCCCUUUUUUGCACGGACCGUCCCCACCAAUGAAGGAGAUGCCCAUGCUACCAUUGUCUACCUCAAACAGCAGUUGCAUGUGAGUAACAUUGGCGUCUUGCACAGUGAAGAUAGUUGGGGACGUCGGUACGAACAGGAUUUACAGUAUUACGGGAAACAAUACGGUGUGGAUGUCAAGAGUGUCGCCUACACAGUGGAUUCCUUGGAUCAAGCCAUGGAGCAGUUACAGGAAACCAAUUUGAGAUAUUUUGUUGGCAUUAUCAAUUCCGGGGCAUGGAAACCAGUCGUAAAGGCCGCCUAUGCGGCGGGCUUGAUGGGCAAUCCACGCAAUCAAUGGUUUAUUGGGGAUUUGGUGGCGCUGGCGGCCGAUGGAUUCGCACUCGAUCGAGAAACAGAACAAGACAUUGCACUGGCAUUGCAUGGGACGGGGGUCGUCUUUUUGCAAGUGACACCGCACACGGCAUUUGAUCAAGCAUUGGCGGCGGUCGCAGACAAUGUCACGCUGCAGCAAGAAUUCAUUGCCGCUCAUGAUUACUCCGACCUCUUGACCAAUUUCACAUUUUCAUCCAGUCCGGGCAUGUCUCUCUUCCAGUAUUUGACAUACGAUGCCAUUAUAUCAUUGGGUUUGACAGCCUGCAAUACGCCGGGAUUGUUCACGGGACGGGAAUUCUAUCAACAAUUGUUGCAAGUCGACUUUGAAGGAGUCUCUGGCAGAGUCAAUUUGAAUGAGGAUACGGGAACUCGAUUGGGGGAUUCCUUGCGCUAUCAAAUUGUCAAUAUGGUACUCGAUGAUUAUUUUGACAACAACGACAAGGACAACGAAGAAGAUUUAUCCGUCAUGACGUUCUCCGCCAAUGUGUCCUCCACGGUCGAAUUGUCCCCUCCCAACAGCACGGGACCCAUGGUGCAUGCCGUUCAACCAUUCAUCUAUCACGACAACACCACCAAUCCACCACUGGCGUUGCCACCUCAUGAAGAAGACUUGAACUUGAUCUCCGACGGUGUCAAGGGAUUUGGUCUCUCCUUGUCCGUUUUGGGAAUGCUCUUGUCCCUGGGGAUUGGGGCGUGGGUACUACGCAAUCGCAACAUUUACGUCAUUCGGGCAUCGCAGCCCAUCUUCCUGGUGCAACUAUGCGUGGGAACGUUUCUGUUGGCAUUGGUCAUUGUACCCCUGGGAGUGCAAGAACCCAGUUCUCCAUUGGCACUCGACGUGGCAUGCAAUGCUGUACCGUGGUUGUGGUCCUUGGGGUUUGCUACGUCCAUCUCUGCCAUUUUCUCCAAAACACGACGAAUCAAUCAGCUGAUGAAUUCCGGGACGGGAUUUCGACGAGUACAAAUCAAAGCACGAGAUGUCAUGAAACCCACCGUAGUGCUCAUCGCCAUCAACUUGAUCAUCUUGACAUCUUGGUCGGCAUCGCCAUGGAGGAUGAGUUGGCAACGAAUCACGAAUGAAAACCAUGUUGACAAGUUUGGUCGUAGUGAAGAGUCAUACGGGGCCUGCCGACCCGGCGGAAACUAUCACUUCUUUUUCACCACUCCUCUCGUGUUGACCAACGCCAUUAUAUUGGGGAUGACGACCUUCCAGAGUUAUCGAGCAAGAGAACUACCGUCGGAAUUCAGCGAGACGGCGUACAUGGCUCUUUCCAUGAUCAGCCUCUCGGAAACAUUCCUGCUCGGCAUCAUGAUUGUAUUUCCAGUUCUCGACCAGCCCACUGCAUUCUAUCUCCUGUCCUCCAUGCUUUUCUUUGUGGGGUGUUGCUCAAUUCUGGGCCCCAUGUUUCUACCAAAGUUUGCAUUGCGGAACACCAGGGCACCGCGAGGCCGAAACGCUGCUUCGGUUGCGAUUCGUCGAAACGGCAAAUCAACUGUUGGUCGCAGUGUCUAUAUGAGUGGCAUCAGUGGCAUAGACAAUAGCGGCGGAUUCAAUAGUGGUGGCAGCGGCAGUGGUAGCCGACUCAUGUCCGUGAGAAGUGCACAUGGUUCUGGCGGAAGCAAUUUUAUCCGACACGGCUCUUCUUCUUUGCAAACUGGAACGUAUCAUGGUGUGUCUACUAGGCCCUCCGCUGAUAUUUCUCCGUUUGGAUCAUCAUCCAUGGCUUUCCGCACCUCCUCCAGCGAUCAUGUGCGGUCCGGUAGGGGAGCCAGAGGCACGUUGUCGACGACUCCCGAGGAAAGGGAUUCCGUAUCCGAGUCCUUUCAUUAGCUGGACAAGAGAGUGUGUUCCUUCCAAACGUUACCAACCAGUCUAUUCUGGGAUGGAGGAUCCAAGUUCGAAAGGCGCUUGACGCUCCGAAGGGCCAAAGAGUGUCGGGAAAUGGAGCAUUCUCUCUCAAUGUCGUGAGCGUGGUUUCUUCGUCUGUCGUCGGUUAAACGCAACGAAGUGGCUUCGUCAGGCUUAUUGCGGUAACCACCAGUUACGGCACGGUUGUGGAAACCGGCUAUCUUAAGGCAAAGUGCCUUUCUACCAGCAUGUACGGUAUUGCGGCUAACCUAUAGCUAACGCCUGAAAUGCGAACGAAGAAGAUGUUGGGUUCUUGGGGUAGUGUUGGCUCAUGCAGAAGAUUGUAGCUACGCCAUAAAGACGAUGGCCUCUUCUGCCCCAAAUAGACUAUACUCGUAGUUGGUUUUUGGAUUGGAUACGAAAGUCUCCGCGCACUUAGUGACAGCCAAGCUCAUGUCAAUUGACUAUUAAGAGUCGUCCAGGUACUGUAAGUCCUGCCAACCAAGCAAUCCCAUAACAAGGUUGCACUUGGCUUCUUCUGUAUCAUUUGCACAUGGCGUCUACUAUGUCGAGCAGUGCAGUACACCCCACAACAGCUGUCACUGAAUACGCAUACGCUACCGUUGCUUUGGGUUCCUCUAAGCAUGGGCUUGUUGGGGUUUGAGGGUCAUUGCGCAUAUCUUCAUCGUUAUCCAGAUGAGGAAUGCGAUUGCAAGCAGCCUCGAAACAGUGUUUUGUAGAUGGGUGUUCGCGGUGGACACAGCCACGAGCAACUCGUCCCGGCCAGUAGCUACCUAGUACCGUAGCUAGAAAAGUCACUCCAACUCACUACUGACCUUGCUGAAAUAUGCAUUCGUAGUCAGUGAACCAUCAAAUCGGUCAUCAGUAGCUACUGCGUAUGUUGUUCCUAUAGUUAGAGGAAGACAUCCAAGCAAAUGAAAGACCAACUUUUAUUGUUGUGACAUGGCAUAGCCUUCAUGUAGUACCACUUGUUAAGUAAGUUCUCAUCUAUCACUCAAAUCCUAGAAGGGGACGAGGCAAGAUCCAAUCUAUCUCUUCUUGAACAGCCUUCGUCAAGAGUCUUGCAAUAUACCCAUCAAAUUGCGUGUGAACUUCCCAUUCAUUGAAAAGGUUUGUGAUCACUUCGUCGGCAUCAAAGUUGAGAUCGUCUACGGGAGUGUCUCCCAAGAUGUUUGUCGUAUCCAAUGCGUCGUAAGCGAAUGUAAAGUUUUGAAUCUGGGCGUUGCUAAGCUCACUUGAGGAUAGAAACAAGAUCACCCGUUCUGUGUCUCCCGUGAUCGUAACAAGGGAUUGCGUUUUGACUUCUGUGAAGGUUACGGUUCCAUUGACAGUCUGUUCUUCAUUGUAUACCUGACCAUCGACAUUGCAAGCAGCAUUGAAUGUUGUGGUUGUGUUUCCCACCAACUCGGGGAACGAAACAUCUACAAUCCAAGCACCUGACCAGGUCGCGCCAUUUUUAAAAGCUUGGCGGUUCAGCUGAACAUUUUGUGAGCCAUCCACAAAAGCAAUGGCGUCAACCGACAAAUCGCCAGCACCGACGAAGUUUGUCACGGACAAAUCCACUGCUACGUCAAAGUCGGAGCCACCACAUACAGCAUUGUCGCCAGUCUCCUUUGCAAUCGCGCUUCCUAACCUGUGAUUGAUCGAGUAUUCUUCUUCCUCCAACCACAAAAGAUCAUAGUCGUUGUAAUAUCCGGAGAUCACAUAGGAAAUCUUUUCUGACACGGCCGGAGUCACCAACGAAAUGAUGGAGUUGAGUAUAGCGACCCCCUGCAACUCUCUCGAGGAUUGGUGUUCAGUGGCGGUCGGGUUCUCGUCGGACAACUCCACACCGCUGGAAUCUCCGUUCCGGUAAACACCUCGAAGGUUUGCUUGCGACUCCGCCGAGGACAACCCGAGGAGGAAGAAGACAAGAAGAAGGCUCAUUGGUGUUCUCAUGGUAAUGUACGGGGUUUUUGUGAGAAAGACGGAGAGGUGCGAGAGGUGCGCAAAGGUUUCUUUUCGAAAAUUUCGAGCUGAAGUCGGAACGACAAUCCACGGCGUUCAACGUCCCACAUGGUGUGCAUCGUCCAGAUACUGCAGUUGGAGAGAAUUUUGAAAUUGUGAAAGCUUAUCUAUGUUACUUCCGGUAUGGUGGCAGAUGGGGCAGUUUCGUGAGAGUUGCCACUGGGGCGUACCUGGUACCGUACCGGUAGCAGCGCUGGGCUACUAAGGCAUGAUGCUGCAACCAUGAACCCUUUAUGCAUCAUAGGAGCUACGAUGACGCUGCAAACGGUACGAAAGACUGUUGUUGUGUUGCCGUGUGCUGGAGGCGUGCAGGUCGGAUAAUGCCCUCGAGAUCUCGACCUGCAUCGCCAAAGUUGCGCUCACUUGAACAUGACGCAGCCUUGGAUGCAGUUAUGGUGUCCAGCAAAUGCUAGCUGCGAGCACUUCUUUCAUAAAUACUAUUCGGCAGAGGAAGAACCAUGCAUACGAGCACUAAUAGUUGGAUCCUGGCAAUAGAUGUCUGUUGUAGAAAAACGUUCGGAGGCAUCAGCGUCGUGAGUUUGUGAUUAUAUUCAUUAUUUCACCCGAAAGGUCCGGGAGUCAGAAACCUUUGAGAGCUCCAUCGGCGGCGAUGAAGCAAACCUAGCACGGUAGCUAAGCUUCAUUCACGAAAAUGCGGCCAACGCAGUCCCAACAUCAGCUAAUUCGCGUAUAAAGGCAGGUGCGGCGGCGAGUCUCCCAAAGACAGUGUCAAAGUGCAGGUAGACGUAGUAGAGGAGACACAGACAUAACACAUUCAGAACGACUUGUUUCCAGGU